GUAUUCACACACGGGAAGCGGGGAGGAGGAGGGCUGCCGUCAGGGAGAGAAUCUUGGUCGGCCUUCGAAGGAGCUAGUGCGUCAGGAUUGCUGGGGCGGUGCUCUGCUCCCGAGAUGGUCGCUGGCCCUUCAAUGCCACUCGCUGCAACUCGUCCAACGCUCUCAUGCUCCUGCUUUGGUAAGCUAACUCACCCUCCUACCUGCCCACUUGUGUUGCAUUCCUAGCAGUAAUUUGUUGCGUCUGCUUCGCUUCCCCUUCAAACUAUGCCACUGGUUGAGACCCGGCUCGCGUCUCACAGAUCCCCUUCUUCAGGUGACCCCAUCAGGUGCAGGUAACCCCUCAGGUAACCCUUCAGGUAUCCCCUCAGGUAUCCCCUGAGGUAACCCCUCAGGUAACCCCUCAGGUGACCCCUCAGGUUCAGCCACAGCAGGUCCCCGUGGGGGUCUGUGGCGCGUGAACCAUUGCGGCCGAAUGGUUCUGUCUCGUGCCAGCUCUUGCCACGCUGGUGAGGGGUAAUUGGAUCUUGGGCUUACCGUGUGCUUGCCUCCUGCCUCACUUGGCGCCUCCAGCGCAAUGGGUACUGCCGGUGCUGCUUCUAAGGGGCCUGUGCUGCACGCUGCUCCUGCUGCUGGCGCAGCCGCAGUCGCAGCAGUUUCAGCAUCCUUUUUACAUCUUCGGUCGUUCCCCUGCUCAACAACAACAACAGCAACAGCAACAGCAAUAUCAGCAACAGCAGCAACAACAACAACAGCAACAGCAACAGCAACAACAACAACAACAACAGCAGCAAUAGCAACAGCAACAACAGCAACAGCCAGGCAUUGUUUUUCAGCCUCCAAAUUUACUUAACAAUACUCAGAUCAAGACAACCGUAC